AUGAUCAGGUCGCAUGAAGAAGGGAUGAAGAUAAAAGUUGAGGUAAAAGAAGAAGAAGAGACGUAUGUGAUGGGUCAUCAGCGGACUACGGAGGAGGUCGAGAUGAGGGAAGCCAUCAAACAAGAGGAACCUCCUCUUGAUACCGUCACAGCCGCUUUGGAAACAUUGAUAGUCUUGUUUAUUAUUUUUCAGAUUAGAGAUCUCCGGAAUGUAAAUAUUCUUGUUAAAGAAGAGAUAAAAGAGGAAUGUGUUGAGGUUGGAGUGAUGGAGGUCAAGAUGGAGCCGCCUAGUAAUGGAAACCCCCCAGAGAUAUGUCCUCCUCCUCCUCUGUAUUCCUGGGAUUUCGUUUGGGCAGAGCACAACUACACAUGCUUUGUUCAGUGUAAAAAAAUUAAUGACAUGAAAAUUGAGGUUAAAGGGGAAGAAGAGACGUAUGUGAGGGGUGGUCACUUGACUACGGAAAAGGGUGGGAUGAUGGUGCCUCUUAAAGAUGAGGAUUCUUCCUCCGAUGCCAGCACAGAUGUAAUUGACAUCCGGAAUAUUCCAGAAGUACAUCCCAGAGAAUUAUCCUCCAAAGAUUCCCGGACUGUUGCUUGCUCGGAAUGUGAGAAGACGUUCUUCACCAAGUGGGAACUCGUUAGGCAUCAGAUAUCUCAUACUGGUGACGGGAACUUUUCCUGUAUCCAGUGCGGGAAAUGUUACAGGACCAAAUACUACCUCCGUUCGCACGAGCUGGUCCACCAGGGAAAUUGGUCUUGCUUAGAAUGUAAGAGAACCUUCAGGUUGAAACAUAAACUCGUGGCACACCAUAGAGUUCACUUGAGCGAGAAGCCCUUUUUGUGUUUUGAGUGCGGCAAGUGUUUCUCCAAAGGGUCGUAUCUGAGCAGGCACAAAAAAAUCCACACUCCUAGGAAGCGGUUGCCCUGUGCGGAGUGCGGGAAAAGUUUCCUUUGUCGAGCAUCUCUUCUCCUGCACCAGAACAUUCACAUGGGCGAGCCUCCUUCCUCAUGUCCCAAGCGUGUGAAGCCCUUCAAUGUAAAAAGUGAAUUUCCUGAUCAUGAAGAAAUCCACAGCGGUGCCGAGACAUUUUCAUGCUCUGAGUGUGACAAAUCGUUUCUUUGUAAACUGAAGCUCGCUACACACCAGAGGACUCACACUGUGCAGGAGACCUUUCGGUGUUCCCCGUGCGGGAAAAGCUUUAGAAGAAAAUGCGAUCUUCAAACACAUCAGAGGGUUCACAUGAAAAUUUGGUCUUGCUCAGAAUGCGAUAGAACCUUCAGAGCAAAAGCUCAACUCACUAUACACAAGAGAGUUCACAGCGGCGAGAAGCCCUUUGCGUGCUCGGAGUGCGGAAAACGUUUCAACUACAAAUUUGCCCUCAGCAAACACAUGAAAUUUCACAAGGAGCAUUUUACCUGUGAGGAGUGCGGAAAAUGUUUCCUUUUGCAAUCAUCUCUUCUCGCCCACCAGAGCACUCACAUGGGCAAGCCUCCUUACCCAUGUCCCAAGUGUGACAAGUCUUUUGAUUCCAAAUAUGAAUUUGCUGUACAUCAGGCACUCCACAUCGGUGUCGAGACCUUUCCCUGCUCGGAGUGCGACAAAUCGUUUCUGCAUAAAUCACUACUUGUUAUACACCAGAGACUUCACACCGACGAAAAACCGUACCUUUGUCCAGAGUGCGGGAAAGGCUUCAGGCACAAAUCGCCCCUUGGAACCCACUUGAAGACCCACUCCAGUGUGCGCCCUUUUAAGUGCCCCGAGUGUGGCAAGUCGUACCAUACCCGCUUUCACCUCAACGCGCACAAACAAAUACACAUCGGAGACAAGAUAUUUCCUUGUUCCGAGUGCGGGAAAAGCUUCCUGGGAAAUGCACAGCUUAUCUUGCACCUGAGAACUCACACCGAUGAAAGGCCGUUCAUGUGUACUGUGUGCUGCAAAAGUUUCAAACAACAAGGGAACCUCGAUAUCCAUCUUAAAAUCCACAGUGGAGAGAAGCCGUUUGUAUGUCCAAAGUGCGGGAAAGGUUUUAAAAUUAAAGCGGAACUUUCUAGACAUCAGAAAAGUCACACUAACGUGCGUCCUUUUUCCUGUCCUGUGUGCAAGACGCGUUUCAGGCGAAACGAGUCUCUAGUUAAACAUCAGAGCACCCAGGGACACUGA